AUGGAGGUUACGAAGAAAUGGAUCGCGGGCAAGAUUUCUGAGGGGAUCCAGAUUCAACUCCUAGGGUUGUUGGAAAAAGAUACGGCGGCGUUUUGCAAGGAGCUGUGGAACCUGUAUCUGAGCGCACAAUCGAACCCCCAGGAUGUUCCCAAGGAGCUGCUCGAAGCGAAGAAGCUUGAGUUGAUACAGGAGAAGAUUGCAGCAGACAAGGCUGCCAACGAAAGAGAGAGAGAGCAGACCGGGGCCGCGGCCGCGGCAGCAAUUGACGCGGAUCAUACCGAGGAGAUAGAGACUCCGAUCUGCCGUAGUUCAGGCAUGGCCAGGCGGCCCAGGCUCGCGUUAACAGGAUCCAAGGUGGAGCUAAUGGAUGCGUUCCGGCCCAAGGUCCGGAAGAAUGGCAACAUUAAAUGGCUGAGAGAGCUUACCGAGGAGGUUCGGCCCGAGGACAAGAAGUUCCACCGAUUGCUGGAAUCGCUUGGUGAGCUGUACGACAAGGACGACGAUGCUCGUACCCUUAUCUUUGUCGAUCGCCAGAAGGCAGCAGACCAACUGCUUGGAGAACUGAUGCGGAAGAGUUACCAGUGCAGGUCUAUCCAUGGUGGCAUCGAUCAGAUCGACCGUAACUCCGCUAUUGACGACUUCAAGAAGGGAGAGUUCCCGACCAUGAUUGCAACAUCAGUCGCUGCUCGCGGCCUGGAUGUGAAGCAGCUUAAGCUGGUUGUCAACCACGACGCGCCGAACCAUUUGGAAGAUUACGUGCAUCGUGCUGGUAGACGGGCAGAGAUCGAUGCCCAAGGCGGCGAUGCCGUGGGUCUGACAAAGGAGAACCCUGUCCAAGGAUUGGGCUGGGGGAGUGCCGCGCCUGUGCAAAUGAUCUCACUACAACGUGGGAUCUUGACUCCCUCCUAG